GCCCGCUGGGGCUGGAACGGGGCGGAGGGAGGAAGCAGGUAGUGAGACUUCCUCCUCGGCAGGGAGUUCGGCAGCGGCGGUAGCUUCUCCUCUGGAGCAGCCAAGCGCAGCUUGACACCGGCCCCCUCCCCCCGCCCCGUCGUCGUCGUCGUCCAUGCCGCCCACGUGCCCCCGCUAGUGCUGACGGCUCCUCUGUCUCCGCAGCAGGGCUGCUCUCGGGACGGAGGACACCACCGACUGCCCGGAGCAGGUAGCGAUGCCAGUCGCCCCCCGCUCAGCGCCCUGCCAGGUGCAGUCUGACACUUGCUUCUUCGCCGCCACCCGCCGGCGGGACGGCGGCGCGGCUCUGCGCGGAGAGGAGAGCGGCGGCGAGCGACCCCAGCCCCUCCGCCAGGCCAGCGAGGCGGGCCGGCACGGCAGAUGGGUGGCUUCUUCCGCCUUCCCCUUCCUGCCUGCCUUCUCCUCCGCCCCUCCGCCGCCCCCCGCCUCCUCCGUUGCCUCCUCCCCAGGUGCCGCCGCCUCUGCCUUCCUCUCGGCUGCCUGCCUCUUCCCAGCACCCCUUCGGACCCACGCUCGCUCCCGCCCCGGCUUCCCCGGACUCGCCAUGAGCGGCGGUGCCGCUCGCUUACCGCCGCCGCCGCCCCACCACGGGCCGAGCCUGCCGGAGCCAGGAGCGCGCAGCCAGGGCAGGGGUAGCCCCGCCGGCCACAGCGCACCGCGCGCCGCCCCGGGCGCCAGAGGCCCGCCACCAGGUAGCAUUGGUACAUCCUUUCAAUGCCACUCAAUCCAUCAAGAUCACAUUUGUAAUGAUGACAGUGACAAGAGCGAAGACAGUCCUAGUCCCAAGCGGCAGCGCCUUUCCCAUUCAGUCUUUGACUAUACAGCAGCAUCACCAGCCCCAUCACCACCAAUGCGACCAUGGGAGAUGACAUCAAAUAGGCAGCCUCCUUUGGCUCGGCCCAACCAACACCAGUACUCAGGGGAACGAUGCAAUACACCUGCACGAAACAGGAGGAGUCCUCCUGUUCGACGUCAGAGGACAAGGAGAGAUCGUUUGUCUAGGCAUAAUUCAAUUAGCCAGGAUGAAAACUAUCACCAUCUCUCCUAUGGACAGCAGCAAGCAAUAGAAGAGCCCAGAGCCUUUCACCCACCAAAUGUAUCUCCUCGUAUGUUGCACCCAGCUGCUCAUCCACCACAGCAGAAUGCAGUGAUGGUUGACAUUCAUGAUCAGAUCCAUCAGGGAACAGUUCCUGUCUCAUACACAGUAACAACAGUGGCUCCACAUGGGAUACCACUUUGCACAAGCCAGCACAUCCCAGCUUGUAGCACACAGCAGGUCCCAGGAUGCUCAGUGGUUUUCAGUGGGCAGCACCUUCCAGUUUGCAGUGUGCCUCCCCCGAUGCUUCAGACGUGCUCAGUCCAGCACCUACCUGUACCAUAUGCAGCAUUUCCACCCCUCAUUUCUAGUGAUCCAUUCCUUUUGCAUCCUUCUCAUAUCUCUCCACACCACCCUUCUCACUUGCCUCCUCCAGGACAGUUCGUUCCUCUCCAAGCUCAGCAGUCACGGUCGCCACUUCAAAGAAUAGAAAAUGAAGUAGAACUUCUCGGAGAACAUCUUCCUGUAGGAGGUUUUACAUACCCUUCCUCAGCCCAUCCUCCAACAUUGCCUCCCUCAGCUCCUCUCCAGUUCUUAACUCAUGAUCCUUUACACCAGGAGGUGUCAUUUGGUGUAACUUACCCACCUUUUAUUACUCGAAGACUCACAGGGCGCAGCAGAUACCGAUCGCAACAGCCGAUACCACCACACCCUUACCAUCCCAGCCUAUUACCUUAUGUGCUAUCAAUGCUUCCAGUGCCACCUGCAAUUGGACCAGCUUUCAGCUUUGAAUUGGAUGUGGAAGACGGAGAGGUAGAAAACUAUGAGGCACUGCUGAACUUGGCGGAACGUCUAGGGGAAGCCAAACCACGAGGACUGACAAAAGCGGACAUUGAACAGCUUCCAUCCUACCGAUUCAAUCCAAACAACCACCAGUCAGAACAGACAUUGUGUGUGGUGUGCAUGUGUGAUUUUGAGUCAAGGCAGCUACUUAGAGUCUUACCCUGUAACCACGAGUUCCAUGCCAAGUGUGUUGAUAAAUGGCUAAAGGCAAAUCGUACCUGCCCAAUUUGUAGAGCUGAUGCUUCAGAAGUGCAUCGUGAUUCAGAAUGACCAAUCUAAGAGCACAAAUCUGGUUUGAGUGUUCCUGGUCACAUGUGUCUAUGAACUAUCUAUUGAACUUACCCAUAUGACUUCCAGCCUGCCCUAUAUACACAAGGGUCAAUAGACCUUACUUUGCACUGUGUGAUUUACUCAAUUAUAAAGCUUGUAACUAGUCUUCACAGUUAUGGGAUUGUUAUACUAACAGUGUGAUUGGAACUCCAAAGAUUUUUUUGAAGCUUGAUUUUGUGUGUGCACUAAUAUUCGCUGGUUUUUGUGUGACCAUUCUGAGUGUUACUGCGAGAUUACUGUGGACAUGAUCUUUUAGCAUGUGCUUUUAUAUAAAAGAAAAAGGAAAAAAAAGUGGUAGCUGCAAACAAUAUAGCAAUCUACCUUAUAUAGAGCCUUCAGAUACCGUCAUUGGGGAUGACUGGUGCGAAUGUGUUUGUGAGAGGAUGUAUGAAGUGUGCUUGUGACUGAGCGUGCCUGUGUGUUUGAGAACCUGUAUACCAGCAUGUACUGAGAAUGUAUGUGUGUAGUAAUAAUUAUGCUGCAAUGUAUAAUCUUAUGUGUUAUUUAAACAGUACUAAUACUGUACACUGGUUUCUUUCCUUGUGUUUGCAGUUGCACACUGAAUGCAAUGGGUGCAACAGUUACAGAUGUUUAGUAUUUCCUCUUCAAUAUACUUACAGGUGUAAAGAUCUUUCUGCCUACUAUUCAAGCAGCUGUUAUGCUUCCCCUUCAUUGAGGUUUUAAAUGGGUAGCACUAAAGAGUGCAUUGAUUGUUCAUACAUGAGUAACCUUGGGGUUCUGAGCAUAUGUUACAAAGACUAUAUUUUUAAAUGGAUGACUUACAAGUUAUUUUAGUAAUGUACAUUUGCAGUAUUGCACAAAUAAUUUAGAAGUUAACAUUUUCAAUUGCUAAUACGAAGAUCAAUGCUUUUCUGUUCUCUUUUUAAAUUUUUCUAGCUGGAUUUGCCAGUUAGGUGCUUCUUCCAUGAAAAGAAGCAGAAAGGAACUAAGGGUCCUGUGGAAUUUUCACUUUUGGCCAUUGUACUUGCUAUGGACAUCAUCUUUCAGCUCAUAAACAUUGGCUUUAAUCACCUGUGUACCUUAGCAUGUACAAGGGAGUAUAUAUAUAACUAAAAUAACUUGUAAAAGGUUAUUUUUUUCUUGCAAGUUCAUUAAUAAAAUUUAAGUUUUAGCAUUUUCUCUGAAAAUUAAAACUUCUGAUUUUUUUCCAUUAUAUCACCAGAAAAGGUAACUUUGGUCACUGAUUGCAGAAUUCAGUUGCCCUGAUGCUGCUUAUGGACCUUCCUUGUUUCAUUAUUAGUAUAGUAUGACAAAGAAACUUCAUUGGUUUUUGCAAUUGGGUUUCCAGAGGUCUCUGCUAUAUGAGAAAAUUAGAACACCUUAGAGAACAUUGCUGUGAAAUAAGAGGUCAUAACCUCUAUUCAGGUGCUCUGACUAAUGUUUUAUUUGGUCUACUGAAAAAAGAAAUAGCUGAAUUUAUAACAUUCAGACUGUUAACAUCUUUCAUAUGUUCUAGCAUAUGUUCUACAUAUACCAUAAGUUAUUCGAAGAAUUUUGCAACAUUUUUCUUCUACAUUAAGUGUCAUUACUCAGGUUGCAGUAGCACAAGUGGCACAAUCAGCAAUAUUGCUGCAACAGGCUACAAAUCGCAGCUUUAAGUUUGUUCUUUGUCAUUUCUGCUGCUUUUGUACACUGUUAUGCUUUAGUUUCAGUUGUAAUUUCAAACAGUGUUAGAUGUUACCCAUACUUAUUUCUCGUACUGAAGUUUCUACAGACUCGUUACAGCUCUUGAUGCAAAUAAAAUAAAAGCACAAUUUUGCCCUAUUUCAGAUGCCUUUCACUCUGUUAAGUUAUGCAGGUAGUUCUCAAAAACAGUGAGUCUUUCCAUAGUGAUCCGUACUUAAGAAUGCUGAGUAAAUAAAAAUGCUGUUACAUCAUCUUCAAACUAUUAGAAUUUCUUCUCUUUAAUAUUGUUUUAAAAGUAUACACUAUAUGUCUUAGAAAACUUAGGCUUUUCUGUAUAACAGUGAAAUACGUAAUUCCACUUACAGAUUUGAACAUAUCUAAUGCUACUGGGCUCAGGAUUUAGUUUGAGCAUGGAAAGAGGGUACUUUUUCUAAGCUAGAUAAAAAUGAACAAGUGUCAUUCUUCUGAAGCCAUGGGAAAGUAGUCUUCUUUCUGGAAUUGGAGAAAUCUUGACGUAUAAUGUCCUUUUUCUCCAGUAAAACUCUGUGAGGCAGUGAGAGAUCUAGGAGAUGAAGGGUCUAAGUUGGUAAAAUCCUGAAAAUAAUUGUUACAACUCUUACAGUUCAUCUCUUCUGGAAUGGUUCUUUAGUUUGCAUGGGACUCUUGCAGAUAUAUGUGGAUUUAGCUUCUGUAGUUAGUGUGUAUAAACAGCAGACAUGCAUAUGUUCUGAGUCAGCUCAGAAAAGCUACAGCCAAGUCCUCUGUGUUGUGGCUGUCAAGAGAAGGGGAUUCAUGUUUAGCUGUUAACUGCCACGUGUUAUGCACGUUUGUGUGUAAUUCCACAGCCUGCCAUGGUGCCUGGCAGCACCUGAAUUCAGCAACUUUUUUUUUAUAUUCAUUGCCUUUCUGCCAUCACCUGGCUCCUUCUUCUCCAAAAAAACCCAGCAAACCUGUAAUAUGUUUACUGCUCUGGGGUUUUUGCAUAAACUGUCAAUUUAAUUUGACAUUUUAAUGAGUAACAAGGCCUACAGACAAUUCCAAUGUCUCAUUUUGUGACUUUCUUUACAAAAAGAAUAAUGUCUGUCAUUGUAUGCCAUUUUGUACAGGCUUUGAAUGUGAUUUCACUGCUGUUAAUACAUUGUGUAAUGCUUGGGAUGAGAUUUACCAACCUUUUUACUUUUAAUUGCAGAGAGCACAUUUUUAACUGAGCUAUCUUUGGGCCUAGGUGAAAGCUGUGGGUUUUUUCGUUUGGUACCUUGUUACCUCAUUUUGCUACUUAUGUUUCAGAUUUGCUUAUGAUUUAACUGUAGGUUUUGUUGGAAUCUUUCUGUCAAGUGUUUUUUUUAAAUCAUAUGCUGUUGUAUCAUUUAACAUGUAGUUUUAAAUGUAUUAUAAAUACCUGUAACCAAAUCAUUUGAAGGCUUGAUAAAUUUUUAACAAAAUUUGUACAUUUUUAUGAGAGUUACUAGUAAUGCUUUACUAGGUAGUGCAAUGAAUUUUUAAUUUUAAUCCCUGUCCCCAAUUUUGGAGUUAAGAGAGUUGUUCAAUAAUAAAUGUAUGAUGUACACUUACAUAAUUUUGUCCUAUUCUUUCUCUUAGAUAGAAGUGCCUUGUUUCCUUUCAUUACUGUGCAUAUUUCUGUGCAUGAUCAUGCAACUCUAUAUAUUGACAACAGACACUUGUGUUGUAGGGAUAGUUUUACCACCUUAUUUGUAGAUCAUGACAAACUUUUUUAAGCUACUUUGAGACAUCGUAAGAAAGUUAUAUUAAGUGCUGUGUAUAUUUUGAAAUUGUAAAUUAACUACAAUACCUGAAAUAUCAGCUUUCCAAACAUGUUAGUCAAAAUUUGCAGGGAAGGAGGUGCCCCUUAGACAUACCAUUUUCCACUGUGUGUCUGCUGAAGAUGUGUUACACUUUGCAGUCCCCUAACUAGUAAAAAAAUGCAUCCUGAGUUUAAGAGUGAAAGUGAAUUAUAAGUUUGA